CUUUGACACUCUAAAACGUUCCUGACAUGCUACUGACUAUACGCAUUUGCUCUAAUGGCAGCGAUUAUCAAUAUACAAGCUACCGUCAUCGAACAGUUGUAUUGCACCUUCGAUCUUUAUAUACACCACACGUCCCAUUUUUAGACUUUCUUGCCUGCACCGAAAGAAAACCGGCAAACUACACGGCUGUUUGCUUCACAGCCCCGCGUGCCUGAUGCUGUUGGCUUCUAUUGUGCCCUCAAGGGCCACUACCACAUCCAGCAGGGCUCUGGGGCAGCAGCCACGGACGUCUGCCGGGAUACUGGAAAGCACCUACAGCUUGCUAAACAGAGACUAUGGGGACAUGCACUUGUGGAGUAGGAACAGUGAGAUUGUCAAACAUCGGCUAGACACUGUCCUUAGUGGUCUUGAUUAUACGAGGGAUCCCCAGCUUGCAACUCGUUCAAACACCCCAUCGCAGGGAAUGGCUACAAUUGAGGACGGUGCAGCACAGGUUGGAAGCUCUCAGAUAAACCUACAUGCAGACGCUCGGAGACCAGGGUAUAUGAAUCGGAAUUGGAUACCGCAUUGGAGUUACCAGAAAAGCUCCCUUGCUGCCGCGUGCAUAUUCACGGCCGUCACAGUAAUGGCUUUAACCUUCUUGGCUAUCCUAUCCAUCAAGAAGGCUAAAAGAAGCUGGGGGCGACAUAAACGUGAAAAUCAAGAUUAUUCGAAUUCCGGAUAUUCUGCUCUCUCCUUGCUCGAGGAAGGCCACAAAAUGACUGCGACGAGCAGCAAGCAGAUAAGCCGAGAGACUUUGAUGUUCAGUAGGAGUCGCUCGCCAUCUUCGACCUAUCUCAUUGAACAAGACGGUCCCUCCGUGACGAGAGUUUACCACACGAGCAAAAGCGUCUCUACCAUUACGCUCGACUCGCCCAGCUCUACCCUGGGGGAUGCAGGCUCUACAACUGAGUUGAACGCAAUACCGGAACGUCCAGCCAGCGCGUUGAAACGUUCCCGCAACGAACGUCAUGGCUCGAAGGCCAGAUCAAUCGUUGUCGUACCAUCACCCUUGAGGGCAUUCUCGGUGAAGCCGAUGAUACACCACACAGACCCAGCCUACGGCCUGGAGCGGACUUCUCUGAACGUCGAACAUGAGGGUGGUAAUGUCCCGUCGAACAGCAAGCGUGACUCCGCUGGUGGAAACAGCUUGUUCAAACUACCAGCAAUCCAAAGAACAAUGUCGCCUCUUUUCUCCUUUUGAUUUUACAGGACUAUGGGAUGGUGUGCUUGUUGGGUACGUGUUUGGUCUAGUCACAUCAGACUUGAAGUUGUAUUUUCCAAACCGGAACUGGGAGUCAGGGACUUUUUGUCUUCUUUCUUUUCCCUUUCUGUCCCUAUAGAAUCUUUCUUCUCGUCAUGAUACAAACAGCUGUACGAGGCCUUAUUACUCUUCGAGACCGAAGGAACAAGGAGGUCAUGCACCUUCUCAAUAGCCAAAAGUUACUGAAUCCAGGUC